AUGAUGAAUAGUAGUGCAGCGCCCCUCUCAUUGGAUGAGUGGUACGUGCAGUAUGCCCCACUGUCCGAUACCCAACGGAUGUCUGUGAGCCGGUUAAGUGCAUGGGUGUCUGCAGAUGAGCCUGGCGCGCCCACAGAGGCCACACAGGCGAUAGAUGAGAGCGAGGGCGAGCAGGAUGGACUGAACUUGAACUUUUCGUGCUGGUUGCAUUCCGUGACAAAGAAACAUGAAGAUGCUUCGCGCACCACGUUCGCGAACGAACUUGGCAUGUUGCGCACAAGCAUGAACGAAAUUGACGAACGACUAGACGACGUGCAUCGUGCCCAAGAACGUAUUGUGCAACUGCGCACUGGUCUAGAAUAUGUGCAGGAGAGUUCGUCUGAACUGAUGCAUCAUGCAAGUGCGCUGCUGAACGAGCAGGUAGAUCUGGAGAGCUUGCAUGAGCAAAUCAUGCUUCGCCUUCAGUACUUCUCUGUCUUGCCACAAGUAACGGCGAUUUUAUCCGAGACAGACGCACACGUUGAGACUGCAGAGUUCCUGUCCACCAUUGAACGGCUCUGUGUUGCGCUGCAAUUUAUGGAGUGCCAUCCACGAUACAAGGAUACUCAGGUGUUCCGCAUCCGCAUCGAAAAUGCUCUGCAACGUGCGAUGUCACUCGUGAAGCAGGCAUUCCAGCGUGAAGGCAAUGUGUGUAUGAGCGAGGCUCAUUCACAGGUACAGGCUCUCGCCAAGGAAGCAUUGGAUGCAGGAACACACACAUCCAUGAAUCCCACUGCUCCGUCUAUGCAUCAGGCUAUCUAUGCAAGCUUUGCAUCGCUGCAGCCAAAGUUCCAAGCCUUCUUUGAGCAUCUUCGACAGCUUGCGAACCAAAAGGCCGAAUUUCGCGAUAUUCAGCAUGAAUUUGAUUCUAUUUGGAUACGCUGGCGCACAUCACUAAUCCACGACGCGUAUGCGAUGUGCUUGAACGCAUUUUGUGAUAAUGUGCCUCUUGAGCAGCAGCUGAGGCAUGCCACAUACAGCGCGCAUGAGUACUAUGAGCAUGAGAUGCAAUUGUUCCUGCAUGUGAAUGCCCGAACGCCUGACAAUGCGGAGCCUGUGAAACGCAUCUCGCAAACAGUCGGAGAGCAGCUGCAGGCCUGGCUUUCUCAGCGCAUCGAAACGACACCAUUGAACGUUCUGUCCGAGAUCUGUACGAUAGUCGUCAGCUAUGGCGGGCGAGGCUUGGUGUGA